UGCUGGGAAGAUCCUGCUCUGAGCGAGAACCAAUCAUGUUCCGUUUCCCAGGCAGAUCCCUCCUCCUGCUGAGAGUAACCCGCCUUCCCUGUGUCGCCCCAUCUAGGGGCAGAAAGUCUCGCACCGACCCCCCGGCUAAAUCGAAGGCCUCGCGUAUUAAAUACCCCCCGCCGGUAUGUGUGGAGGAACUGCUGAAUGUGAGCAGAAGGUACCGCGAGUACUCGGUCAUACUAACUGCCAUCAGGGCAGAGUGCAAGGAGGGAGUCCUUCGGUCACAGUAUGAGGAGCAGGUGGGCUCCCUGGCUGAGCAGCGCCACCGACUGGAGAGUGAGGAGCACAGGACUCUGAUGAUUUGGAAUGAUGAAGAGAACAGGAUGGCACUAAGAAGAAGAGAGGAGCGCCAGAGGCUGGAGCAAGAGGUUCUGCAGCGCCACGAGAAGAUUUCCACUGAACAGAAUCAUAUAGAAGAGCAGCAGUUCAUCAGGGAAAAAGAACGGGAAAUUGAAGUGUUGCAGGAAAUGUCCAAAUCCUUCAUCACAGCAGAAAAUCUAUCUGAAAAGAUUGAGGCAGCUUUGGACAAUCCGAUCUCAUACAACUUCUGCUUGGACAAGGAAGGGAGGAUAGUGAGAGAGGCAGGGGCCCGCAUGUAAUGCUCCUCUUGUAAACGAUCAUUUCCAGUGUCUUUAAAAAUAUAUUGGAUUUUUUUAUUGCCUAAUAAAUGUUUUGUUCCUUUUGUC